GCGCAAGUCCCGGCCUCCCCUCUUGCUCCGGUGCCGUGUGGUCUCGCCCGCCCCCGCUGCCAUGUUGGAUUGUGUGGCCGUGGGAGCCGGGGAGAAGUUAGAAGUUUAGUGCUGGUCCGAGGGGGUGGGGGCGAUCGGGCAGCGGGAGCCUGUGCUGCCCCGCCCCGUCCCUGGGCUGCCGGGCGCCGCCAGCUGCCCCCAGAGGAGAGGAGACGCCGCUAUGCAGCCGCUGUGAGACCGCUGGGCCAGGGGACGCGGACGGCGAGUUGCGAGAGGCGAGGGCACCGCGGAGCCCCGGCGGCCAGCCCCGGCCAUGAGCAACAGCCAGCAACAGCCCCCGCCGCCGCGGAGGGUCUGCAAUGUGGGGUCGCUGCUCCUCACCCCGCAGGAGAACGAGAGCCUCUUCGGCUUCCUGGGCAAGAAAUGCGUGACAAUGUCUUCAGCAGUUGUCCAGAUAUAUGCAGCAGAUCGCAAUGCCAUGUGGUCAAAAAAAUGCUGUGGAGUAGCCUGCCUUGUAAAAGACAAUCCACAAAGGUCUUAUUUUAUCAGAAUAUUUGACAUCAAGGAUGGGAAACUAUUGUGGGAGCAGGAACUGUACAAUAAUUUUGUAUAUAAUAGUCCUAGAGGAUAUUUUCAUACCUUUGCUGGAGAUACAUGUCAGGUUGGUCUUAAUUUUGCUAAUGAAGAAGAAGCUAAAAAAUUCCGGAAAACAGUAACUGAUUUGCUUGGACGACGGCAAAGAAAAUCUGAAAAAAGACGGGACCCACCAAAUGGUCCAAGUCUACCAAUGGCAACUGUUGAUAUCAAAAAUCCAGAAAUUACAACUAACAGAUUUUAUAAUUCACAAGUCAACAAUAUUUCGUAUACCAAAGAGAUCAAGAAAAAAGGAAAGGUGAAAAAGAAGAAAUUGACAAAGGCAGAUAUUGGAACUCCAAGCAACUUCCAACACAUUGGACACGUUGGUUGGGAUCCAAACACAGGUUUUGAUGUGAACAACUUGGACCCAGAACUGAAAAAACUGUUUGAUCUGUGUGGAAUUUCAGAGGCUCAAUUAAAAGACAAAGAAACAUCGAAGGUGAUAUAUGAUUUCAUUGAAAAAACAGGAGGAGUAGAAGCUGUUAAAAAUGAGCUGCGUAGGCAAGCUCCACCACCGCCACCACCAUCCAGAGGAGGACCCCCUCCUCCACCACCACCACCUCCACAUAGCUCAGGUCCUCCUCCUCCUCCUGCAAGGGGAAGAGGAGCUCCUCCUCCUCCUCCUUCAAGAGCUCCCACAGCAGCUCCUCCACCCCCACCUCCAUCUAGACCAGGUUCAGCAGUGCCCCCUCCUCCUCCAAACAGGAUGUAUCCUCCACCACCUCCAGUGCACUCAUCAUCUGCACCAGUUGGCCCACCUCCACCGCCUCCACCACCAGCAAGUGGAUCAUGUGUACCGCCGCCUCCACCACCUCCCCCUCCUGGUCCUCCUCCACCACCUGGCUGCACUUCAGAGAUUGAUAACCAAUUUCCAGCUCCUGCAGGAAACAAAGCAGCACUGUUAGAUCAAAUCAGAGAAGGGGCCCAGUUGAAGAAAGUGGAACAGAACAGUCGACCUGUAUCCAGCUCAGGAAGAGAUGCACUCUUAGACCAGAUACGACAGGGUAUACAGCUCAAGUCAGUAUCUGAUGGCCAAGAGCCUGUGCCACCCACAGCUGCGCCAACCUCAGGAAUUGUGGGUGCAUUAAUGGAAGUUAUGCAGAAAAGGAGCAAAGCCAUUCAUUCUUCAGAUGAAGAUGAGGAUGAAGAUGAUGAAGAAGACUUUGAGGAUGACGACGAAUGGGAGGAUUGAUCAAAAUAUUAUAUUAUAUAUAUUUUUUAAGGUGAAUGGAAUACUAAACACUACUUUCUAUCUAUGGAUUCUGUAAAAUUAUCAUGUAAAUGUUCUACCAAUUUGCUGUAUAUUUUUGUUGCCUUUUGCUUUUUUAUUAAUCUGUGCAAUACCUCAUUUAAUCUGUAAAGGUUUGUCAUAAUCCUCUACAAAGCUACUCCCUAUUAAUGUGUGCAAGUUUACAUCUGGAUGCUCAGUGUACAUGUGAAUACUUUCCAUUCCAUCAAUAAGGGAGUUUAAAUGUAAUAUGUGAGACUGACAAAAACCUUAAUGUAAUUUAGUUAUAAUGCAAGAAGGAAAACACUAUUUUCAUACCCUACUUUUCUGUAUCUAAAUUUUCUUAUUAAAACUUAGUAUAGUACUACAUUCUUUAAGUGAUGCAGCUCUUAGUUUAUUUAGCCCCUUCAUUUCGAAUACAAUGCUACAUGAAUGUUGAGGCUGAUUAUAAUAUUGCACGGUUUUCAAUACAUCACAACAUUGCAGUUGUUCGAAUCUUAGUAUGCUUUUCAUAAAACUACAAAAAUACACAGCUAGUUAUGAAAAUUAAUAACUUACCAUUAUACUGUAGCAAUAUUGUCUGUUGUUGGAUAGCAGUGAUGUUUUGAAGGCUUUAAUUAGGGAACACUCUGCCUGAGUUUAAACAGGAUGGCUUUUUACUCUAGCAAUGGUGAAGGCAUCUUUGAUGCAAACCAGUUUAGUCCUGCUGUCUUUCAGAAUGAGGAAGAGCCUAAAUUGCUGGGGCUAUACUGUAAUCUGGCUGUUGCUACAGUCAUUUGAUUUAUUUUUUAAAUCAAUUUUACGUGUUUUUUUGGGCUGAAGGGCUGCGUUUAAUGCUUGCUUCAAUAAUGUUGGGUUUAAAUUCAUUUUAAAAUGUGUAGGGCACUAGUAUACUAAUAAAGUAAACUUACGUGGUGUUACUUUGCAGUCUUUAUGGAUUAUGGUAAUACCAAACACGAAGACACCAGUCCUACACUUAAAAAAAAAAAAAAAAAAAAAAAGUUGAAAAGCUUAUAAAU